AAGCUCAAGAGCAACACAAGGAGUGUGUAUGUAAACAAAGGAGGGUCGGCUGCUGGGAGGCGUCGCUCGUGCACUGCCAGUCUGCUAAUACUUGAGUCCUGGUGGCAUCUGGCGUGCCUGGUCACUUGGGCACUGUACCAGGUGCAUUAAGAUGUCGUCUGGUGGAGCAAUGAGCCAGAAGGAGUACCUGAAGAAGUAUCUGAGUGGCAGUGAUGCAGACAAGAAGAAGAAGAAGAAAAAGAAGAAGGAAAAAGUCUCUUCACACAACAAAGGGAUGCGCAUCAUUGAGGAUUCAGUUGACUUCAAAACUGUCCCAUAUGGCUACAAGGAGGAAGAUGACAAUCCAACCAUUGCUGAGGUGACAUAUGAGAAUGAGAAGCUGAAGAUAAUGGAGGAAUUUGAGGCCAACAAGAAAUGGAAGAAGAUGGUGGACAAAUCAGGGGAAGGUUCUUGGCCUCAAAGCAAUCAGGAGGGGAAGGACUCACCAAGGAGAGCAGGCCUUGACUCUCCCUCACCCCCAAGAUGGGGGAAGAACGAUUCAGUGCCUCAGAGGAGAGUGAGACACGAUUCUGACUCCACACCACCAAGAAGAGCAAAGAAUGAUUCUUCACCACCGAGGAGAACUAGACACGACUCAAGUGACUCAGAUGAAUCACCACCAAGGAGGUCCAGAUACUCAGGCACACCUCCCCAUAAGGCCAAACAUGACUCUGACUCAUCCCCUCCAGGCAGAAGGCAUGAUUCUGAGUCACCUCCAAAGAAGCCUGACUCUAGUCCACCCAGGAGAAUGCACCAUGACUCUCAAUCACCACCACGGAGGACAAGGCAUGACUCUGGCACCCCGCCCUGGAAGAUGCGGCAGGGGUCUACCACACCACCACUGGAUAAGAAAGCAGACACUCUGAAAAAGACACAUAUCAGGAACCCCUCUCCUCCUCCUGCCAGGAUGAGGAAGGACUCUGACUCAUCACUCUCAGAUGACGGAAAGAAAAUUGUAAGUCAGCCUUCAGACUUGCCACAGAGACAAAGGAGACAUGACUCCAGCAGCACUUCACCACCACCACAAAGGAUAAGACAUGACUCAGACAAUUCUCAGCCAAGGAGACAUGAUGCAUCCAGAUCAAGUUCAAACAUUUCAUCCAAGAAAAGUAAGCAAAAUUCAAACUCUCGUGAACAAGAUUAUUCAGAUGCAUCAAACUCAGACUCCUCAGACUCAAUGCCUGGUAAACACAUCUCAGUGUACUCACCACCACCAAGGAAGAGUGGCAAGGAUGCAAAGCUUGGUCCACCCAAGAGGAAGCCACAAGAAGUGAAGGCAUCUGGUGCACCUGGCCUGCACACUUCACCCAGAAGGAAGCUGUAUGAUGGUGAUCUAUCACCACCAAGGAGGAAGAGGCACGAUUCUGAUUCGUCACCUCCAAGGAAGAAGAAACUCGGAUCCAGUUCAUCCCCACCAAAGAGGUAUGACUCUGAUGCAUCACCACCACGCCAGAAAAGACGGGACUCCGACUUGUCACCGCAGAGGAAGAGACAUGAUUCCGACUCAUCUCCCCCAAGAAAGAAGAGACUUGCCUCAGACUCGUCUCCUCCCAGGCAGAAAAGGUACGACUCAGAUGCUUCACCAACUCACCAGAAGAGACAUGACUCUGACUCCUCACCAGUGAGAAAGAAAAGACACAGUGACUCAGAUUCAUCACCUCCCAGAGCGAGAAAAGGAAAACCAGGUCUUGCAUCCCCACCACGGAGGAAGGGAGGGGACAGCCAGCCUGAUGGUGGGCAGAUGCGACCAGAACGCAAGAUGACCACCCAGGAGUUUUUGUCAGCACGAAAGCAUGGCCGCCUGAAGAAGGACACCCCUGAGGACUUAGCCAGGAAGGAGAGGGAGGCUGUACUGCAACAACAGGCAGAGGAGAAGCACCAGCAAUGGAAGCAUGGAGUGAAGCAGGUGCAGGACUAUAAGAAGAAAGUAGCCAGUGACUUGCAUGAGAUGGGCAAGGCCUUCACUAGGACUGCAGAUGAUGCUGACAUGAAUGCACAUCUCAAGUCAAUAGCUCGUAAGGAGGACCCCAUGCUGGAAUACAUGAUGAAGAAGGAAGCAAAAGCCAAUAAUAAGGUUUCUGUCAAGCCGGUCUUCAAGGGCUCCUUCCCCCCGAACAGACUGGACAUCCGGCCUGGCUACCGCUGGGAUGGGGUGGAUCGCUCCAGUGGUUUUGAGAAACGUUGGUUUGAGCAUCAGAAUAACAAAAGAGCUCACAAUGAAGAUGCAUACAAAUGGAGUGUUUCAGACAUGUAAUCUUUGCAAUAUUCCCUCUCAUAUUUCUUUUCUUGAUUCCUCUUCUGCUUAUUGUACAUGUUGGUUAGGUAUUCAGAUAGCUUUCUCAUAUGUAUUGCUUGUUCUUAUAUCUCAGAAAUUAUAUAUUUGCUAGCAGAUAAAGAAAAUACACAGAAGUGUUCUUCCCUCAAAAUAUCUUUGUAAAAUAUGACUGCAUUUUAUCUGCCAGCAAAUAGGGAUAUACUGCUCUUGAUGGUUACUCCUUCGUUGAUAAUUUUUCAUCUGGAAGUUUAAGGUGUGUGUGUGUGUGUGUGUGUGUGUGUGUGUGUGUGUGUGUGUGUGUGUGUGUGUGUGUGUGUGUGUGUGUGUGUGUGUGCAGACAUCAAUGAGUCAGUGUACUUGCUGCAUGUGGGUGUUUGUCUCAUAUUUAUUGUUAAUUAUGAUGCAUUACUAGUAAUAAUUUACUUUUACAUCUAUUAUUUAAAGUUUCUUAAGCACAUUGGGCAUUGGUCUUUGAAGCAUCUUACAGGCAUCUCACUUCACAGUUAAAUUCUGGUGACAUGUUUGAUAUAUUAAUUGCUGGGAAGAACCCAGAAUAUUUUUAUGUGAAAUAGGGAGCAGAGGACCAUACAAUCCAACAUACAGCAUUAACAGCUAUUUAUUUCUGUGAAUACUUGUUAGUGCAAAGAACAAGCCAUCUGUAUAUUUGGCUGCAUGAAAGUGGCUGCAAGGAUUCUCUGUCAUCCCUACUGUGUUAGGCUAGAAAACAAUAAGUAAAUUACUGCAUUAAAAUAAACUGAUGAAACUUUUGUAAAUUCAUGUCUAAAUAUGUGAAUUAUAAUAUGAUGGAAAAUAA